AGUCUCUCUCUCCAUCACCAGAAACCCUGAAUGGUCUUGCAGGACCCUCUUCAAGUAGAAGGAAUAAUUCCUUCAUCCAGUGUACCGCUAUAUUCUCUCAUCAGUCCUGCGCACACCUACAGUUGUCGAACGUCGCCAGGAAUACCACAGCGUUUGAUGUCCUCAAGGCCGGCUACUCGCUCUCGUUGAAAGAAUCAAAUCCAUAAGGCAGCAGACCGCAAUGAGUGCGCUCAUCUUCGACUUCGAGGGGUUGCCGAUCACCUACGACCACGCCGGAGUCGGUGCCCCGAUACUCUUCUUGCACAAUCUCGGGGGAGAGCGCAGUAUCUGGGCAGCGCAAGCCGACGCCUUGAAGGCCACGAACAGUGUGUACGCCCUAGACUGGCUCGGGUAUGGCGACUCCGCCGUGCCUGACGACGGCUACACCGUCGACACCUACCUGCGGUUACUAACCAGCUUCAUUGAUUCCCAGGGACUGCGCGACGUGACUUUGGUGGGCAACUGUUUCGGCAGUGCAAUGUGUCUGCUCUAUGCACAGCAGUCACCAGACAACGUGCGUGCAUUAGUGCUGAUCAAUCCGCUCACCGCGGCCACGCUCAGCCCUACCAGGGCAGGAUGGGCGGCUUGGUUGCUGCGUCAUAUUCCGCUCCGACCGAUCGCUGUGUCCCUCCAACUACCUGGUCCGAUCGCCGGACUGGUGAUCCGCGAGCAACUCGGGCAGAGCGGAGGUGAAGUGCCCACCGCCGCUCUGCGUCGCCGCUGGACCGAAAAGGGCCGGCUACUCCCACUCGCAGAGAUCCUGCCUGAUCUGCCUCGCCUGGCCGUUCUCGACACCUUCGAACCCGAUAGUUCCUUCCCACCCAUCACGACCAUCUGGGGUCAGCAGAACCGGGUCCUCUCCUCAACCGCCGGAGCACGCCUGAACGCUACCCUCAAGCCUCGACGGGCGCUGACCCUGCCAGCCUGCGGCCAUCUGGCCAUGAUGGAGGACCCUGAAUCUGUCACCGAGCAGGUGCGGUUCGCAGCGAGUAGCAUCGGCAGCCUUUCCUACCAGGACAAGGAAGCUCCCCUCACCCUCGACCCUUGA